AUGGUGUUAGAUCUGGAUUUGUUUAGAGCAGAUAAGGACGGUGUCCCAGACAAAAUUCGUGAAAACCAGCGCAAGCGAUACAAAGAUGUGGCACUCGUGGACACAGUAGUGGAACAAGACACACUCUGGAGAAAAUUGCGUCAUGAUGCAGACAACCUGAAUAAACUGAAGAAUGUUUGUAGCAAAGAGAUCGGGCUUAAGAUGAAGAAUAAGGAACCCGUAGGUCCCGAAGACGAUCCGGUUCCCGCAGAAGUAGCCGAUAACCUCAUAACUUUAAGCAAUGAACAAUUAAAGCCACUGACUGUUAAUCAAAUUAAAAAGGUUAGGGUUCUCAUAGAUGAAGCAAUAACAAAAAAUGAACAAAACCUACAAACAGCUGAAAAGCUUCGUUCGUCAGCAUUAAGAGAAGUUGGUAACCAUCUGCAUGAGUCUGUACCUGUUGAUGAUGAUGAAGACCACAAUGCAGUGGAAAGGACUUUUGGAGAUUGUAGUUUGAAGAAAAAAUACUCCCAUGUAGACCUUAUUUGUAUGAUAGAUGGAAUGGAUGGUGAAAGGGGAGCUGCAGUAGCUGGUGGUAGAGGCUAUUAUCUCAAAGGACCAGCUGUCUUCUUAGAACAAGCUCUAGUACAACUGGCAUUAAGGAUUCUGUUCCAAAAAGGAUAUACACCGUUGUACACACCAUUCUUUAUGCGGAAAGAGGUAAUGCAAGAAGUUGCACAACUAGCCCAAUUUGAUGAAGAACUGUAUAAAGUGAUUGGCAAAGGUUCAGAGAACAAAGGGGACAACAGCAUUGAUGAAAAGUAUUUGAUUGCAACUUCUGAACAGCCCAUAGCAGCUUUUCAUAGAGAUGAGUGGCUGCCCGAAUCUGCCUUACCAAUCAGGUAUGCUGGUAUAUCAACUUGCUUCAGACAAGAAGCAGGUUCUCAUGGUCGCGACACGCGUGGCAUUUUUAGGGUCCAUCAGUUCGAAAAGAUAGAACAAUUCGUCCUCACUUCACCACACGAUAACAAAUCCUGGGAAAUGAUGGAGGAAAUGAUAACAAACGCAGAAGAAUUCUACAAGACAUUAGGAAUUCCAUAUAGGGUUGUGAACAUAGUCUCGGGAGCGCUGAAUCAUGCCGCUUCAAAGAAACUGGAUCUGGAAGCAUGGUUUCCAGGUUCCAGCGCAUUUAGAGAGCUCGUCUCUUGCAGUAACUGCCUGGAGUAUCAAGCCAGGAGAUUACUAGUACGGUAUGGACAAACAAAGAAAAUGAAUGCAGCUACAGAAUACGUGCAUAUGCUGAACGCAACUAUGUGUGCAACGACGCGAGUUAUAUGCGCCUUGCUGGAAGUGCACCAGACUGAAGAUGGCAUUCUGGUACCAGAAGCUCUUAAACCAUGGAUGCCAGAGCAGUACCAAGAAGUCAUACCAUUUGUUAAACCAGCACCUAUAGACUUGGAAGCAGCAGCUGCUGCUGCUAAGAAAGGAAAGAAGAAAUAA